GAGAGGAGAGGCAGACCGUCUCCCUCCUUCACCUGCGGGGCUUUUCUGCAACAUCCUUCCACAUCAUCAUGGAUCUCUGGAGUAAAAAAGUCUGGGGGAUUAUUAUGCAGGUCACCCUGAUAGUUCUCAGCUCGUACGGGGCAACACAAGGAGAGGUGUGUCACAGUCCACUGGUGUCCAAUCUGCUGCCAUCAUCCUUCAGAAGCUCCUCUCAGUUGUCGGGCAGCCACGGGCCGGGCUUUGCUAAGCUUAACCGGAGAGAAGGAGCUGGAGGUUGGUCUCCUGUGAGUUCGGACAGAUAUCAGUGGCUGGAGGUCGACCUGGGUGAGCGGACACAUAUCACUGCUGUUGCUACGCAGGGUCGCUACGGCAGCUCUGAUUGGCUGACAGCCUACCUGCUGAUGUUCAGUGACACAGGACACAACUGGAAACAGUAUCGACAGGAAGACAGCAUCGGGGCUUUUCCAGGCAACAGUAACGCAGACAGUGUGGUGCAGCACAAGCUCCAGCGUCCAGUGAUCGCCCGCUACGUCCGCCUGAUCCCUCUGGACUGGAAUCCAAACGGUCGCAUUGGACUCAGACUGGAGACUUAUGGAUGUCCUUACGAUUCUGACGUGGUGAGCCUCGACGGCCGCAGCAGCCUCCUCUACAGGUUGAUCCCCCAGCCGAGGCAGACGACCAGGGAAAGCAUCUCUCUGAUCUUUAAAACCCUGAGCAACUCUGGGAUACUGCUUCACGCAGAGGGGCAGAGCGAGCACAGCCUCACGCUGGAGUUAGAGAAAGGAAAGCUGCUCCUGCUCCUCCGAAAAGGCAGGAGUUCUUCUCCCACCAGCCAGCAUCUGGUGUCAUUGGGCAGCCUGUUAGACGACCAACACUGGCAUCACGUCGCAGUGGAGCAUCACAGCACCCACCUCAACCUCACCGUGGACAAAAGCACACUGUGGGUGCAGAUCCCACCCAGAUUGACCCGCUGGGACCAUGACCAGAUGAGCGUGGGAGCGGAGCAGGUUCUCGGCUCUCGGAGGUCAACCGGGUCAAACAGAAAUUUCCAUGGCUGUUUGGAAAACCUGAUUUACAACGGCGUGAACCUGAUAGACCUCGCUAAACAGAGAGACCCGCGGGUCACUUUGAAGGGCAAUGUCACCUUUUCUUGUGCUGAACCCGUUUUUGUUGCCGUGACGUUCACCAGCCCCCAGAGCUUCCUCUGGUUGCCAGCGGUUACCGAACCGUCCUCCACGGGCACGUCGGUGGGGCUUCAGUUUCGGACUUGGAACAAGGCGGGGCUGCUGCUGACCUUUGACCUCCCAAAGCAAGGAGGUGCGGUCUGGCUGUACCUGAGCAAAGCCAGGCUCCAUCUACAGAUACACAAGUCUGGCAGGGCGCCGCUGGAGCUCAGUGCAGGUUCAGCUCUGAAUGACGGUCAGUGGCACUCUGUGGAGCUGAUCGCCAGACGAGGACAUCUCACCGUCUCUGUGGACAGAGGUGACGGAGCCACCGCUCACGCCAGUCCCCCGUUUCUUGUCACCACGGAAGGUCAACUCUUCUUUGGUGGAUGCCCUGCUGAAACGAGCAGCCAGGAGUGUAUGAACCCCUUCAAGGCUUUCCAGGGCUGCAUGCGUCUGCUGACUGUGGACCACCAGCCGGUGGACUUGAUCACGGUGCAGCAGAGGCUGAUGGGAAACUACAGUCACCUGCAGAUCGACAUGUGUGGCAUCAUCGACAGGUGUUCACUGAGUCACUGUGAACAUGGAGGCAGCUGCAGUCAAUCAUGGAGCACCUUCCACUGUAACUGCUCCAGCACCGGCUACAGCGGAGCCACCUGUCACAGCUCGAUAUACGAGCAAUCCUGUGAGGCGUACAAACACAGAGGCAACAUGUCGGGGUAUUAUUACAUCGAUGUGGACGGCAGCGGGCCCAUCAGACCACAGCUAAUAUACUGCAACAUGACAGAGGACAACACCUGGAUGGUGAUCCAGCACAAUAACACAGAUCUGACGAGGGUCCGACCGUCGCCGGGGAAGAAUCAGCACUCGGCUCACUUUGAAUACACAUCUGAGGAAGAGCAGCUGGCCGCCAUCAUUAGCCAAUCAGAGCACUGCGAACAGGAGCUGACCUACCACUGCAGGAAGUCCCGCCUCAACACGCCGGACGGCCCUCUGCUCAGCUGGUGGGUCGGAGGUCUCGGUGAAGGACAUGUGCAGACUUAUUGGGGGGGGGCUCCACCAGGCAGCCAGCUGUGUGCCUGCGGCCUGCAGGAGAACUGUGUGGACCCCAAACACUCCUGCAACUGUGAUGCUGACCGCACUGAAUGGACUAAUGACUCGGGCCUGCUGACCCAUAGGGAGACCCUCCCUGUCAGAUCUCUGGUGCUGGGUGACGUCCAGAGGCCCGGCUCAGAGAGCGCCUACAGGGUCGGGCCUCUCCUUUGUCAUGGAGACAAAAAUGUCUGGAACUCUGCAUUCUUUGACAAGGAGACGUCGUACCUCCACUUUCCCACAUUCCACGGAGAGCUGAGCGCAGACAUUUCCUUCCUGUUUAAAACCACUUCAUCCUCCGGCAUCUUUCUAGAAAACCUGGGCAUCAAAGACUUCAUCCGGAUCGAACUCGGCUCGUCCUCUGAGGUCCUCUUCUCCUUUGACGUGGGUAAUGGUCCGUUGGAGGUUCGCGUGAAGGCGGGCUUUGCGCUGAACGACAACAGGUGGCAUCGCAUCCGAGCCGAGCGUAACGUUAAAGAGGCAUCGCUUCGCCUCGAUGAGCUCCCUGCUGCCACGCAGGAGGCUCCUGCUGAUGGGCACAUCCACCUGCAGCUGAACAGCCAGUUAUUUAUAGGAGGCACGGCGUCCAGGCAGAAGGGCUUUCAGGGUUGUAUUCGCUCUCUGCAGCUGAAUGGCGUCACCCUGGACCUGGAAGAGAGAGCGAAGAUCACCCCAGGAGUUCAGGCUGGAUGUCCAGGCCACUGCAGCAGCUAUGCUUCCCUCUGCCAGAACCAGGGGCUCUGUGUGGAAAGGCCCACCAGCUUCUCCUGCGACUGUGGAUCGUCUGCUUAUACUGGAGCCUUCUGCGACAGAGAGGUUUCAGCCAGCUUCAUGUCAGGAACAUCCGUCAGCUACACCUUCAGGGAGUCGGCGUUGAAGGAGCUGAACAGCAGCAGCAGCAGCAGCAGCAGCAGCAGCAGCAGCAGCAGCAGCAGCAGCAGCAGCAGCGCCCUGCCCUCCUCUAUCCACUCUGACGUGACCCUGAGAGCAGAAAACGUCUCCCUGAGCUUCAGGACGAGCCAGAGUCCCGCUCUGCUCCUCUACGUUGGCUCCCACCACAGAGAGUACCUGGCUCUGCUGCUCAACAAGCAUGACAUGCUGGAGGUGAGAUACAGACUGGACAGCAGCAAAGACGCAGAGAUCCUGAGGAGCAAAGUGAGGAACCUCGCCAACGGACAGCUACACGCUGUCACCAUCAGCAGACAGGCAGACGCUGUGUCUGUGCAGAUUAACCAGAAUACCAAAGAGAUGUUCAACCUGACAUCUGAUGCUGAAUUCAAUGCCAUCAGAUCGCUGGUUCUCGGCAGAGUGCACGACUCUGGCGAGUUGGAUUCGGAGCUGUCUCGGCUUGCCCCUCUGGGUUUCACAGGCUGUUUGUCUGCUGUCCUCUUCAACUCCAUCAGCCCUCUGAAAGCUGCUCUGCUCCACCCCGUCACCAGCCCCGUCAUCGUUUCCGGCCCACUGCUCCAGUCCGUUUGUGGCUCCACUUCAGCCAAUCCCUACGCCUCAGAAACCACGCACCACCUAUCAGGCCAGUCUGGAUCAGUGGGAACAGGUCAGCCUUUGGUGAAUGCCAUCAGGAGUGACUCAGCUCUAAUUGGAGGCGUGAUAGCAGUGGUGAUCUUCGUCACCGUGUCUGCAUUGGCCGUAAUGGCCCGAGUCCUCUACAGGAGGAAAGGGACAUGUCAGAGCCAGGAAGUAAAAACAGUGAAGCCCGAAGACAGCCCGGAGCUGGGGUUCAGCCGCCAGAGCAGCUCGCAGAACGGUCCGAGUGAGAACCAGAGGGAAUAUUUUAUUUAGGUGGAGGUUAGACCUGCUGCUGACCUGACGGUGUUUGGAGCUGAGGAGACGAACAGACAGAUGCCUUGUUAAGCCUCAGUGCUUUACAGACCGAGCCCCAGCAGAACUUUACCCUCAUGUUCUGUCUUCAUAUCUUUUGUUUUUGCUUCUGUGGUUGUAUUUUUGUAAAGACUGUAUAUAAAUGCACAAGAACAAGAUGUUGGAUUUAUAAUAUGUCAAUACUGUCGGUAGAAUUGUAAAUAUUUAAUGACGUGAAUCUUAAAAUAAUGACUUUAUAUAAAUCGGUCCUUUUCUCUGUUCUCUUGAAAUGUUUGAAAUGAAUAAAUGAGAAAGCGUGUUGUACUGUGUUGUGUUGGUGUGAAAGUUAAAGCAGCUUUAAGUGAUUUAAAUACAUCUGACAUGGAUAAUGAAUGUUUGCUGUUUUAAAUUAGUCUAUUACACUUCUUUUAUAUGUUUUUGUUGUUUGUUUGUCAUACACCUUUUGUAUGAACUGUGGCAAAGCUAAAUGUAUGCAUUCACAUUGAACAUUUCCUCAGAGUUUGACUCGCCAUGAUUCUCUUUCAUUACGUUGCAGCUUGAAGAAAAACGUGACUCGUAUUUGUUUUCCUUUAUGUUGCUUUUGCUAGAUUUCUCUUCGUUUUGUGGUCUCCAGCUCUCAAUGUAGUUCUGAUCAGUAAACGUUUUGAGACAGACGAAGGCAGAUUCAGAGAAGCAGCAAAAAUCACGUUUCUGCAGAGUGCAAAGGAUUUUAUGGGAAGGAGCCACUAAGGUGUUAAUCGGGUUGAGUAACCAAACACCAUAAGAUAAGAAUCACCUGGGAAACAAACCACUGGAUAAUUAUCUUACUUAUGCAUGGCACGCUUGGAAGGGAGACGGCACGCUGCGAAUCUGGUUUGAAACUGAAGUUCUGUUCGUUUUUAUGUUUGGAGACUGAAGAUAAAAGAUGAUGUUCAGCUGCAGCCUGUUGGUGCAGUGCUACGACAAAGCCCCGUCAUCUGUAACACUAACGAAUGCACAGACGGAAGACAUCGCUUCAUGCAGAGUGAACUGUUUACUGAAGGUCACUUUAUUCAGCACAUAAUGAUCUUCAGGGUGAUUGUAAUGUCAGAGAGUUCGAGCGACUUGCUGUGAGAUUUUAAUUUGUUCAGAUAUUUUAGUAAGAAACACAAUUCUGUUGAGUGAAAAUAAAACGUUUGA